AGGUUUUUCCCCGUUGCACUUUUAUUUCUUCUUCGUGCGAAAUGUUGACUUGGUUGGUUUUCGGCGUGCUGAUUGCCAGUGUGACAGGGGACGAAAACAAGGAUUUCUACAACUUCACUGUAAAAGAUGCUCAAGAUCAAGAUUUCGCAUUGGAGCAGUUCAGAGGCAAAGUUACGUUAGUCGUUAACGUAGCAAGUUACUGCGGGUUCACGGAAAAACACUACGAAGCCUUGACUAAACUGGACGGGAUUUUAGGACACGAUGGGUACUUUCGGGUCCUUGCGUUUCCAUGCAACCAGUUCGGUGAACAGGAACCCGGAAGCAUGCAGGAAAUUGUAAACUUUGUCGUCAACACUUUCCAUGCCGAGUUCCCUAUUUUCAAGAAAAUCGACGUGGUUGGGGAGAACGCCGAUAAGGCUUUCAAAAAUUUAUAUCAGCAAUGUGGCGUGAUGCCGGAUUGGAACUUCUACAAGUACCUCGUGGAUCACGGAGGGAAAGUGAUCGGAGCCUGGGGACCGAAGGUUGACGUCGAGUCUCUGUUCGACUCCAUUUCCGCGGCCGUGAAAAUAGCUGCCAAUCACGACCAAGACGGGAAGGUGGCCAAGAAAACGGUAUUUUACCAUAACGUGGUUGAUCCCGGUGCUUUCGAUUACGAUGCUGACGAGGAACAUGAAGACUCGUGGAAAGACGAACUGUGAUCUUCCAGCUCAAUGACCCGUUGUUUUUGCGCGCAUGUAGGCCGCAUUUUUUUUUUUUUUGUCUUGCAAAAAAACGAAAGAUGGGAAAAGGGUCUUGAAAUACUCGUAAUUUUGCGAUAUGAACGUAAAAUUACGUUCUCAAAUUUCACAUUACGACUCAGAAGGUGUAAACAUGUUCUUCCGUAAGUCUUGAAUCCUUUGUUAUGCGCGAAGUGGGGCCUAUUCUGGAAAUUUUAAUAUGAAUCUGUGUGCGGGAAAAUGUCCCAAAAUUUUUCCAGUGAUGCAGAAUUAUGUUCUAAAAUUUAUCUUUUUGGCCCAAAACGUUACACGCACUUCUUCCGUAAGUCCUAAAUCAUAUGUUACCCUCGAAACCAGGUACAGUAUAUUAUUGAAAUUUUAAAAUUUUGUGGGUGGUUUUGGUUCUCGAAUGUCCCAAAAAAUGUUCCAUGACAUGAAAUACUGUAUUUCAUUUUGAAAAGGGCUGCUCAAAAAUGUUGAUGCGGCCUACACGCGCGUAAAUACAAAUGCUGACGGUAUAUUUCCCCUCAAAGUUGAAUUCCACUGAGAGAAAAAUCGCUGCGUAAAACGAGUUUUAAUGUUGUGAUUUCAAGCGAAGCGUAUUAUUGAAUUUCGGGGAUUGAUUAAAUGUGGGAAUUCCUAAAUGGGAAGGGAUCAGUUGUGAAUUUCGCACGUUUUAUGUUUGCUGUUUUGUAGGCAACUUUUUUUUUAGGGAUUGUGUUCUGAUGCGUUGUUCUACCGCAUGUUCAAUUGUGUCUUAGCAUUUCAAAGAGGGAGGAUUAAUUUUAUGUGGAUGAUACAUUUUAUUUUUUGAAACAACGAAAUUGCAAUCCUCUGUAAUGAUCGAGACUGUUCAACAAUGUACAAUUCAUUUCGCUCAUUCAGUUUGUGUCUAUUCAUCUGGCUAUGGAAUUCAGCAAAAUAUUCGCAUUUCUUGUUGUUCUGUUUUUGUUUUGGCAAAGAAACCCCACUGCUGGUGGUGGAAACCAAGAAGACUUUUGAUAGUGAUCACUGAUGAAUCUCAUGCACCAGAAGCUAUUUGUUUGGAUUGUUUGAUGGGAACUUUGUGUCACCAGCUGCCUUGUGUUGAAAUCUGUCUUCCAAUAAAAUGUUAUUUUGCCAAGGGAA